CGGCGCGGCCGCUCCUCGGCGGGGCCGGGCGGACGGAGCGGGGGGGUCGGAGCCUUUGUGUGGAGCCGAGCGGGGCUGGUGCCGGGAGCCGCCGGAGCCCCUCGCCCUGCCAGCCCCUGGAUGCUAAGUGCCUGGCAAACGAAUGAAUAAGAAGCUGACCAGGAGGAGGGACUCUUGAGGAACUGCUAAGAUGGGCAUGAGAAUCAAGCUACACAGCACCGAUCACCCCAACAACCUGCUGAAGGAACUCAACAAGUGCAGGCUGUCGGAGACCAUGUGCGACGUCACCAUCGUGGUGGGGAGCCGCUCCUUCGCCGCACACAAAGCGGUGCUGGCCUGCGCCGCCGGCUACUUCCAGAACCUCUUCCUCAACACGGGGCUGGACGCCGCCAGGACCUACGUGGUGGACUUCAUCACGCCGGCCAACUUUGAGAAGAUCCUGAGCUUCGUCUACACCUCUGAGCUCUUCACGGACCUUAUCAACGUGGGCGUCAUAUACGAGGUGGCGGAGAGGCUGGGCAUGGACGAUCUGCUCAAGGCCUGUCAUUCCACCUUCCCCGACUUGGAGAGCUCGGCUAUUACCAAGCAGCCUUCUGGGUCGGGAGAAGGUUGUUCAGGCCCUUUGAGCGGCGCGACGACAGAACCAAACCAUUCCCUGGGUGAGCUCCGGAGCAGUGGGGAGCACUUUGGCUCUGAGCGGAAUUGCAUCUUGCAUGGGGAAGGGGCAGGUGGUUACAAAGAGGAUGACAGGAAUCCCAUGAGUGAAGCCGGCCAUAACCUGCCUUUGAUGCAUCAACCGCCUCCAAAGACAGAAGAGCAGGAACUGACGGGGCAGUUUGCUUCUGCCACCAACGUGGUGUCUCAACCCAGCCUGGGCAAUGUCAACAUGGCCGUUCAAACCACUGCAAGUACCUGCCAGCCCUAUAAGAUCCAGAGCAACGGGGACUUCAGCAAGACCAGCUUUUUCGCAGCUGACACCUCGCUGGACAUCUCCACCGGGAGCAACUCCUGCCCCAGCAACAGUGACCAUUCCAAAGACCAGGGCUUCGGGCAGAUGGAUGAGCUGCAGCUGGAGGACCUAGGGGCGGACGAGCUGCACUUCGAAGACGCCAGCGAAGAGCUGGGCCCGGUGGAGGAGGUCAUCGAGCUGAGCGACGACAGCGAGGAGGAGCUGGCCUUCGAGAAUGACAGCCGGGAGAGCAAGGCCAUGCCCUGCCAGGUGUGCAAAAAGGUCCUGGAACCCAACAUCCAGCUGAUCCGCCAGCACGCGAGGGACCACGUGGAUCUGCUCACCGGCAACUGCAAGGUCUGCGAGACCCACUUCCAGGACCGGAAUUCCCGGGUCACCCACGUCCUCUCCCACAUCGGGAUCUUUCUCUUCUCCUGCGACAUGUGCGAGACCAAGUUCUUCACCCAAUGGCAGCUCACCCUCCACCGGAGAGAGGGUGUGUUCGACAACAACGUCAUCGUCCACCCCAGCGACCCACUGCCCAGCAAGAUCAACCUGUUUGGCGGAGGGCCCGGCUCGGAGCUGGUUUGCACCGCCUGCGGGAAGCCACUGGCCAAAGAUUUCCACACCGUCCGGGGCCACAUCCUGGACCACAUGAACUUGAAAGGCCAAACAUGCGGUGUGUGCGACCAGCGGCAGCUCAACCUCUGCAGCCUGAUGUGGCACACGCUGUCCCACCUGGGCAUCUCCGUCUUCUCCUGCUCCAUCUGUGCUAACAGCUUCGUGGACCGGCAUCUGCUGGAGAAGCACAUGGCCGUCCAUCAGAGCAUGGAAGAGGCGCUCUUCCGAUGCCAUUUCUGCGGCCAGAGCUUCAAGCUGGAAGCGGCUUACCGCUACCACGUCAGCCAGCACAAGUGCGGCGGCACCCUGGACGUUGUCCGGCCCAGCUUCGGAGACCGGCUCCAGCAGCAAGCCCUCCAGAAGAGGAAGCUACCGGAGGAGUUCCUGAGCGAGGACCUGGCCCUGCAGAACCAGCCAGGGAACAGUAAGUACAGCUGCAAGGUCUGCGGGAAGAGGUUUGCCCACACGAGCGAGUUCAACUACCACCGGAGGAUUCACACGGGAGAAAAGCCUUACCAGUGCAAAGUGUGUCACAAAUUCUUCCGCGGCCGCUCCACCAUCAAGUGCCACCUGAAGACGCACUCGGGGGCCCUCAUGUACCGAUGCACUGUGUGCGGACACUACAGCUCCACCUUAAACCUCAUGAGCAAACACGUCGGCGUGCACAAAGGCAGCCUGCCGCCCGAUUUCACCAUCGAACAGACGUUCAUGUACAUAAUCCAUUCCAAAGACGCGGAGAAAAACACAGACAGCUGAUUGGGCGGCGCUGGUGGGGUCGGGGAGCAAACACGAAUUAUAAAGUGGUGACUCCCCCCCCGCAGGUUUUAACGGUCGGACGUCGUGGAUAGAAUUCUCCUUUUUUUUGCCCUUGCCUCGGGAUUUUUCUGUCAGCAUCCUUCAAGUUAACAGCACGUGAGGCAAACCAAGGAGCCCGUUCUCUUUACUUACCUCCAGUCCCGUUAGAGUUCCGUGGGUUGGCAUUUCUUCCCGGGUUUGGGAGCUGAUAAAUAGACACCUCUCUCCGUUGGGCAGGUUAACCCAAGCCAGGCCUCCCGCGGGUUUGCGAUCACACCUAGAUCACACCUGCUCUUGCCCUGACAGCCAGCCUCAGUAGAGCCGGGACGGGAAGGUGGUGGACACGAAAACACUAGUUGGUUUUCUUCUCGGCUUUGCUGCUACUGGGAGGAACAAAGCAGAGUCUGGCCUUGGGGGCGGGGGGGCUGGCAGGCCCGGGGGGGGCGCUCCAGGAGUUCGACUCGGUGCUUGAAAGGGGGAUUAGUGCAACUUCUAGCCGCCCGUCUGAGCCAGGGCCGCAGUUGCCGAUUGUUCCUCCACCCCCACCCCUUGGUACCGCUUCUGAAGUUUACCAGUCACAUUUGCGAGCCCGGGAAAUGAAGGAGUCCCAGAGCAGCCCGAGCUCGGGGCAGAGCUUCCUUGGAGAAGAGGGGAGGUCUCUCGCCAUGAACUAGGCUAGAUUGGCAGGAGGGAACAAUUUACCCUCUCUGAAGAGUCACUGAGCCAGGGGAAGCAUGUCUGGGGGUUGGGGUGUGGAGAGCAUCGGGCAUCCCUGUGCGAAUGGCGCUAGGGCCCGUGCAGAGCCCUCUCGAAUGAGGGUGAAAAGAAACCGUUGCCUUAACUCCUGGGAAGGUGUCUUUGCAGGAGGAGCAUUCUCCCCGCUGCAGCGUUAGCCCCCGACCCCGCGGUAACGGAACAGCCACCUCGUCCGUGACGUGGUUUCUGUCGAAGGAUGUAGUCGGUGCCGACGUGAGUUUGCCCCUUCUGCUUUCACCGGGUAACGCUGUUGCUUUUCACACGCGCCUGCUGGUGGGGGUCGGGGUGGUUUUUCCAGCGUUACUGCCCUGGGGCGGGGAGUGGAAAGGCAGGAAUAUGACACAUGUAGCAGCCUAGGUGACUCGUACUACCUCAUAACCUGGAAGCGCUCGGGGCUUGAAGCCUGUGCACAGGCUCCUGCACUUCCACACACUCUGAAUGCUCUGCCAGCCUCUCCCCGCCCAGGGAGCUGCUCUCUGCCGCAUUGCAGCUGGAAGGGGCUGACUCGCCCGAGCUUCGCUCGAGGGACCGGGCUAAAAAUACAUUGCGGCACUGGCCGCGGCUCAGGCGAGCCCCGGGUCUGAGCUCGGGUGACUAGCUGGAACCGCCGCCGGUGCCACAACAUUCACACUGCUAUUUUUAGUGCACCUGCUCGAGCAAAACCAGCGGGAGUCUGUCUCCCCGGGCUGGGAGGCUCGGUACCGCUGCAGUGCGGCCACCCUCAGAGAAGCAGCGUUGGUCUGGCCUGGGGGCUAGGCGUUCCUUGGAUCGAACCCCACUGCUAACACUAACUUCAUUGUGGCCUUGGGCAAGUCGCUUCACCUCUCUGCCUCAGUUUCCCCAUCUGUAAAAUGGGGGCGGUAAUACUUGUGGUACCUACCUACCUCCCUGGAGCGUGGUGACGAUUAACCGGUUAAUGUCUGUAAAGCGUAUUGAAGAUGAAGAGCACUUAUGAGUAUGAUUAUGUAGCAAUCUAGGGAAAUGACCCCUCACGUUCCUUUUUGAAACCCCCUCGUCUCCACCCCCGGGUGCAAUAACAGCCCUGCAGCGUCGUCCUUCUCCGCUCUCUGUUUCUGGGCCCUGUGACGUGAACACUAGUGAUAAAGGGUAGGAUGAAGAGUGAGCAAUAAGCAGAGGCUGCUCGCUUAGCCUAGCGCACCAGGAGUCAGUUUGCGGGAGGGCCGUGAUGACUGAGGGUGCCAAGGAAGGCGGGAGCGUGCGGUCUGAGGGGGGGAGGGGUUCAGAGUUAAUUGUGCCGGGAGCCCUGGGGAAUGAAGUGAGUUUCUGGCUCAUCUGUUGAUUAGUGUCAGGAGCGGUACCGAUUCUGCCAGUCGGACUUCGCGCUCUAGGGUUGGGGUGGGAUUUGCAGGAGGGCAGCAUCCCUGGCUGCAUUUGGACACUCCUGCGUUUUAGCACGGUCGUCAGAAUCCCUUCCCGUCUGCAGCUCAUGGUGGUUGUUUCAGUGUCGAGGUUUAACGGCCCCAUCGGCACGUCCUCAGGGCAUGUGAGUGCAGGGGAUGGAGACAGCCCUGAAGGCAUCCGCCUGCUUUCCUCCAGGCAGUGCCCGAGCUCGCACGGGGAACCAACCAUGGCUCCUGAGCACAAAGCUCCCCUGCCCCUGAGCAGAAGGAACCCUGCUCACCUCUGCCCUGACGUGCGCUUUCAAAUACUGGUGGUUCAGUCAAACCGCGUGACACUGAAAAAAGCCAGUGGUGGCGAGACCGUCGUCUGAGAUCUGCCCUGUGUGGUUUGUGUAAUGCUAACCAGUUUAAGGGGUGCCAUAUGCAGACAUCCCUGGAUGGCCCCAACCUUGACCCGGCCCCUGGAUAUGGCCCUCCAGGGAAGGUGUUUAAAAGAGGAUGCGGAUGUUGAAAUGACAGAAUUCUAGUUGUUGGUUAAAUCUGCCCCGAACUUUAUUAGCACUGGUUGACUUCUGACUUCAUGUCGAACUGAACAGGUUAACCCAUGAUUGUCGUAGAGGGGGUGUCGGACACCUUUGUCAUUACUCCUGUCUGUGGCUAUGGUGUGAGCCCCUUUUGUGUACACAGACUCAUUGUGGGAGCCGUGGAUCCAUGGUGGCCCAGGGACUGUCUGAAACUGAUGGGUAUUUCCUUGGCACGGCUAAGGCAGGCCGCCGCUGCCGCUACCCAGGCUUCGACGGCUCCGCAGCUCAUAGUGUAGAUGUAGCCAGUGUGUUGGGGAAGCGGGAGCAGCCUGAGCUCAGAUCCGUGCCCACCUCUGUCUUUGGCUUUCCCUGGGUUAUGACCCGUUCACAUUCUGCCUCCAAACACUCCGAGAUCGGCAGCCAUUUGACGAGGGUGGUUGCCCGCGGGGAAGUGAAAAAAAUUCUGAUUUGCAAAACUCCGUCACGAGUUCAAUCCCUUAGUUUCUCCUCCUUGAAUUCUCCGAAUUGGGAUGAGGCCAAAACCUGGUCUCUCCCUCCCGGCCUGGGGAUCCAGUCGCGGGAUCCAGCCCCCAUCCUCCGGAGCGCCCUCCCUCAACGUGUCAGCCCCAAACUCAUGGGAGCCAAGUGGAGCCUUUCUGCUGGCUUUGGUGGGCUUGAGAGCGAGGCUCUAACCCCAGACACGAUGACUAAUCUGCAGCGGGUCCUGGUCUCUUCCUUUGCUUGGUGCCACCAGCUUUACCAUUCCGUUUUCUGCCUCUCCUUUGUCAUGGGGCUGCCACUGGGUCUUGCCAGCCAGGGUAGGAGAUCAACUAGUCUUCACGAGCAAUGUCCAUGCUGCUCUGUGUCUCAGCAGGGCAGGCUUAGGUGGAGUCCAGAGACAGAAGGAGGCUCUCUCAUGCUUUCCCUCUGAUCUCUGGGGCUAGCGUCCGAAAGCCGUGUCUCCCACGCCAGACGUGUCCUGCUGAUGCUCCCGGCUCCCGGAGCGGGCUCCAGUGCUGGUUUUUCGGUUUACUGCCUAACAUAGGAAAAGGUAACAGUAUUGUCUGGUAGAGCAUACAGGGGGCUGGGAGAGAGACCCCCUGGGCUCUGUUCCCAGCUUUCCCACUGGCUCAGUGUGUGUUCUUGCAUCGGUCCCCGUCCCCCCCAGUCUGUAAACAUGGGGGACACCUACCUCACAUGGGGGAGGGUGUGAGGUUUAAUUCUUGUUUGUAAAGUGCUUUGGGAUCCUUGGGGAUGAAACGGGGGCUUAUAACAGGACAUGCUAUCAGCGAUCCAAGCUGCAUUGUCAGAGGGGUUCUGUUUAAUCCCAGGCGCCUGCCACGCUAGUGGAGCUUGAAGCAAGCUGCCCGUCUCUAACCAAAAGGCGGCGGUGUCCCAUGGAGAACGUAACCUUAUGGGACAGGUCUCCUUAUUUCUGAAACACAAACGGGGUUUGCUUUCGUUCCUCCCUUCUCUCGAAGGCUCCAGAUCUCUUUUUAAAAAAAAAAAAUGAAGCAGAAAAAAGUUGUAAUUACUGUCUAACCUUUUCAUUAAGUUAAUAGUAGGUACUGACCUGAUAUUUAAGUGGUUACUAUCUAUUUGCUGUAAAGUUUUGUAUAUUUUGUAAACUUUUCCCGCCACCCGAAAUAGUAGAUGUCUAAAAUCGUUGUACAUCGGAUUCUUUUAUACUCCAUCAUCCAGCACAAAGUGUGGUUUUUAUUUAGAAUAAUAAAAUGGAAAACAGCCA